UGUUAGAGUAAAUGAAUCAUUUAUAUAUGUCUCGGUUGCAAAGUUUCCUCAUGCGAAGAGUGAUUCAACCGUGAAGGAUUUACCUAUAAAACUAGAAUACUUUAUUACAUUUAGCUUAUCUAGCAUUUUUUCCGGUAUUUCUUUUUCCUAUCUUCAUCUUUCAUCACACUCUUGACUCUUGUCGGAUAUUGAUUUGUCCACGUUACUAUUUCGUUUGGUCACUGACUCUCACCUGCAACUCCAACUGCAAUAACAACACUGAUUCAUUCACCUCACUCUCCAACUCUCCACUGGUUAGUCAACACAACACCAAACUGCUUCAUGGCUGGGUGUUUCAGCUACACUGCUUCACGUGACCGCUGUUACCGCUUCUCCUUCUCCACCUCCGGCCUCAAAUCCACCACCACCGAUCUCGGUGACGGCACCAUCAUGCACUGCUGGACCCCCAAGUCCCACAACCCUUCCAAACCUUCCCUUCUCCUCAUCCACGGCAUGGGUGCCAACGCAAUGUGGCAGUGGAGCGAUUUCCUCUCCCCUCUCUCCCGUCGCUUCAACAUCUUCAUCCCCGACCUCGUCUUCUUCGGCGACUCCUACUCUACCCGCCCCGAAAGAUCCGAGUCCUUCCAGGCUCGCUGCGUCAUGGCUCUCAUGGAGGCCCACGGGGUCCACACCGUGAGCGUUGUCGGAAUCAGCUACGGCGGAUUUGUCGCUUACAGCAUGGCGGCGCAGUUCCCGGAGAGCGUGGUGAAGGUGGUGCUGGUCUGUGCUGGGGUGUGCUUGGAGGAGAAGGACAUGGAUGAAGGGAUGUUUAAGGUGAAGAGUGUGGAAGAGGCUGCUAGUCUUUUGAUUCCGCAGACGCCGGAGGAGAUGAGGCAGCUCGUGCAGCUCACGUUUGCCAAGCCUAUGAAGGUCAUGCCCACUUGUUUUCUCACCGAUUACAUUGAGGUGAUGUGUACGGAAUACCGCCAGGAGAAGAAAGAAUUAAUCAAAUCAUUACAUAAGGAUAGAAAACUGGCUAAUCUUCCAAGGAUAACCCAGCCUACACUAAUAGUCUGGGGAGAACAGGACCAGGUAUUCCCACUGGAAUUAGCUCAUAGACUUAAAAGGCAUCUGGGAGAGAAGGCACAACUAGUGGUUAUUAAGAAUGCAGGGCAUGCGAUCAAUAAAGAGAAGCCCAAGGAGUUGUGCAAGGCUUUGAAAUCCUUCCUCUUCAGUCCCAUCACUCCAUCUUUGCAGGGAAACAACGGUAACGGUCACAAGGUGGAUUAGAGAAAUGGAAGAUAUUUUCAGCGUUAUGGAUAUGUUUGAGUAUCUAUUUGUUAGUCACAUAGAAAUCAACCAUGCUGUAUAUUUUUCUCAGAUAGGAUGGUGAUUUAAAGGAUGUAUGAGAAUCGGAAAAGAAAUUUUACGGAUCUUCCACGAUAAACUCAUUCUUCAGGAAGCUAUGUUCAUGAUAGCAGGGAAUAUGUAUGUAAUGUAAUGGAAAUAUGUAAUAUGUAUUGGAAAUAGUAUACUGCUUGUUGUUCUGGUGCCUAAA